AUGCUUUUCGCAGUGUAUAGACAGGCCCUCCUACGCUCCCCUCUAGGGAGGGCCUCGUCGGGUUGGGCCUCAGGGGGCCCCCCUACACUUUCUGCAGCAACUGCAGCAGCAGCAGCAACUGCAGCAGCAGCAACUGCAGCAAAUGCAGCAGCAAGACAAGCAGCAGCAACAAGCGCACCAAGAGCAAAUGCAGCAACAGCAGCAAAUGUACCAGCACAAGCAGCAAGAAGAAGAGCAGCAACACCAGCAUUAACAGCAGCAACGUCAGCAGCAGCAACAGCAAGUGCAGCAGCAGCAGCAGCAGCAGCAGAACAAUGGGUCGUCGUGUAG